AUGGCUAACUCCCACAUUGGUGAUCAUCUGGUCUCAAUGAGCAAUAUUGGUGAAUAUCUUGUCCCAGGGAACAACAUUGGCGAUUGUCCAGCCCCAGUGAAUAGGGCAAGGAGUGCAGCAACACCCUCUUCAUCAUUUGGAUUUCCCUGGAACUAUGAUAGUAUCAAACUGAUACUGAAUCUCUACAAGGAGAGGAAAGAUCAAUUCCAGGAUGGAAGAAUCGGAAAGGUGAAAUUUUGGGAUGAAAUUGCUGAGGCAACAACAUGGAUAUCCCAGCCUCACUGGGAUAGCAUGUGGCGAGAAGCGUUUCGUGAUUCGUCUAUGUAG